AUGAAUGCAACUGAUCGGUUUUUAAACGGAAGUUUUGAAAACAUUUUGUUAUCUCAGAAAUUGUUAAGCCGUGAGAAACGCCACGAAAGCUAUGUUGGUAUUCCUAGUGAGAGGGAGCGUUGUUAUCGGCCACCAAACGUUAAAGAAUCUGUGGAAGAAUCCUGCGACUUUGUGUGGAAUAAUCCUAAUUGCCAGACUUUAGAUCCCCUUAUCGAUUUGUUGCCGAACAGCUUAGUAUUACUAAGACGAUUUAAAAUGAAAGAAUAUAGCUUUGGAGCUGGUGUACUGGCGCUUGUCUUCACAUUGCCAUCAAUUAUGAGCAAUAUUUUAACCUGUUACUCUUUGCAUCGUAACUACUCAGUCUUAUAUAGUGCAGGAGUGGGAAAAGCUUUGCAUUGUUUGCUCCUUGGUUUGGCUCUGAUAUGCAUUUUUGCCUACGGAAAAAUCGAGGGAGCCACACUAAUGCGUGAUAUUGGUUUCACAGCGGUCGGGUCUACGUUCGCUUAUGCCGUCAUGUAUCACGAAAUGCAUAAUCUAAGAAAAAUGAAACAUCAACAGUCAGAACCGUUUAUUCAUAUAGCUUCAUAUAUAUCAAUAAUCGUCUUUCUCAUAUAUCUCGUAAAUGUGUUAGUAUUUUCGAAACGUAAUGUAAGAAAAAGUGCACCGAAUAGACAGCCGGAAGAGAAGACAACAAAGCUUAACGUGAGUGAACACGAUAUCUCAAUACCUUCUAGCUCAGAGAGUUUACCUAGUGAUGAAUAUCGGGGGAUGCAACAAAAUCCUAUCGAAAAAAAUGUCGAUGCUAUGGCAGAGUUUUUGAUAUCGAUCAGCCCAUUCCAUAAUGUCAAAGGCGGCGCGGUCAAAAUUUACUUUCAGGCACCCUUCUUUUUUAUAACGGCACUUCUAAUACCUGUCGUACGGCCGGAACGUAAAUUACACGGUUGGUGUAAAUUUAUUUUUUGCACUAGUUUCCUGCCAACUUUAAUUUAUGUAAUCCAAUUGAAUUUUACUCACAAAAUGUACAUUGGAAUUUUGGCUUUAAUCGUUUUUUGCCAAAUAAUGAUUAUGGUCUUUACACAUAAACAGCGAGUUCCCAAAAAUCACGAUUUUCUUGCAUUGUGGGGGCUUUGCGUUGGUUUCUUGUUAACAACUAUAAUAGAAAUCGAAUGGCUUGUAUUAAACUGGCAAAUUAUGAAUUAUGUGUUUGAUUGGACCGACGAUGCAAUAUUAUUAUUGGUUUUUCCUACCUUAUAUGUACUUUUAGUAAGUGUCUUUGUCCUAACACUAUUACAUGAAGAUCGAGUUGAAAUGGCUUUCGGCCUCGUUAUGGGCUUGGUCUUAAUUCAUGCGUACUCAGCAAUGCCAGUUAUAGCAUUUUCUUCAUGCUUCGUAGUAAAUGAAUUCAAAGAUAUUGCUCAAGUUCUUGGAGAUAAAUCAAAUAUACUAAUACAACGAAGAUUAACAGGUGGGGCUUUUACAGCAAUGCCAAUUUUCAUAUUAUCACGAGAGGUAUCCGGUGCCAGUCCGAAUGCAAAUAUUGCUUUCCAAGGCUGA